AUGGGAAAGCCAAAAGGCCACCCCAACAGAGAGGUGGGGCAGCGCAGCAGGAAAAGUGCGCCCCGAGGUGGACCUCGCGGCCAUGCGCCGUGCAACAACCCUUGUAGUGUGCCGCUGGCGAUGUGGGACUUUGAGCAGUGCGACCCCGACGCCUGCUCGGGUCGGCGCUUGUAUCGGCACAAUGCAUUGCGCCUUUUAAAGCUGCGGGAACCCUUUCAUGGGGUCGUUCUCACACCAACAGCCACAGAGGUUGUGAGCCCUGCCGAUGCGGACCUCGUUGCCCGCUCCGGUGCCGCAGUGGUGGACUGUUCGUGGAAGCAACUGCAUGCGGUGCCGUGGCGGCAGAUGAAGAUGGGUGCCCCACGUCUGUUGCCGCUUUUAAUGGCCGCAAAUCCCGUCAACUACGGUCGGCCGUCAAAGCUGAACUGUGCCGAGGCACUGGCAGGGGCUCUCGCCGUUGUUGGCCGCAUGGAGGACGCGAGGUCCGUCUUGUCGUACUUUUCCUGGGGAGAAAGUUUUUUUGACGUUAAUGCGGAGCUCUUGGAGGGCUACAGCGGGUGCGCCAACGCGGCAGACGUGGUGGCUUUUCAGGAGCAGUACGUGGCAACUGAGGUGAGCAAAAGUGCGGCACGGCGGGAGAUUGACUUGAAUAGUAUGGAUCUGAUGGAUGCGGGUCCGCUAAACCUUAAACGAGGCAAACUAAGGAGUCGGCAUACAUGGCAGAAAGACGAUGACAACGAGGAAGAGGAAGAGGAAGAGGAAGAAGGGGAGGAGGAAGAGGAAGAGGAAGAAGAGGAAGAAAUAAAAAAGGAUGCUGAAAAAAAGGAGGUUCAGUUAGGGAAAUUGGAGACGUCAGGUGAUGGGGGGAGUCUGCGUUCUUAG